CCACUGAAAGUAUUUUAAACUAUUAAUUGUUUCUACUUUAAUUGUAAUUAAGCCAAUUUUUUUGUUUUUUAGAUUUGUAGGUUUGGAAAUGUUUGCUAUUCGGUUAUGUUCUUUUACGAUCAACAAACGAUCGUCUCUCUUGGUGAAAAGUUUAUUUACAUCGAAUGUUAAUUAUGUUUUCCAAUCCCCUAGACGAGAAUUAAAAUACAAAGAGAAACACGGAGAGUCUUUCAAAGGUGAAUUAACGGCUCCAAUUCUUGGUUAUUGGAAUAUUCGAGGUUUUAGUGAUCCAAUUCGUUUCUUGUUAGCUCAAGCUGGUGUCGAGUAUGAACUUAAGACUUACAACCUCGGCGCUGCUCCUGAGUAUUCAAAAGAUGAUUUUCGGUCUGGAGCAAAUGAACUAGGACUUGAUUUCCCUAAUUUACCUUAUUACAUUGAUGGUGACGUUAAACUAUCACAAACUGUUGCUAUUUUGCGAUAUUUGGGACGGAAAAAUGGACUAGCUGGUAUAGAAGAAAAUGAGGUAACUCGAUGUGAUUUAGCUGAACAAGCGUCGAUGGAUAUGAUCAUGUUCUUGUUCAAAUGUUGGCGAACUCAUGAUGAAACAGCACAAAAAGAAAUCAAUGAAUAUAUUCCACCUAAAUUGGAACAAUUAAACAAAUUCCUUGGAUCUGGUCCUUUCGUUCUUGGUGAGAAAGUUUCAUACGCUGAUUGUAUCAUGUAUUCUCUAUUGGAUUUCGUCCGAAUUUACAAAUGCGAAUUGAUUGAAGCUCAUUCAACACUCAAAGAUUUUCUUUCUAAAUUUGAAUCCUUACCCAAAAUCGAUGGAUAUUUGAAAAGCGACAAAUUCAGUCGCUUACCAAUUACUGCUCCCAGAUUCGUAUGGGGAGGAAAAGCUUGACAAUCGCAAAUUAGUAUAGUCAAAGAUAAUCAAUAAUCUUUUAAGGCCUUAUGAUGAUGUUCAAAUAAUUAAUUGAUUGUUAUUGCUAAUUAAACUAGUUCCAGACUCAGAGUCAUCGUGCGGCUACAAAAUAAACUAAACAGGUAAACAUUGAAUGAGAAUAUUUUUGCAAAAAUGUUGACGAAUAUUAAUUGUUUUCAUUUUAUAUUUUAAUUGUAUUAAUUGUUUGGUUAUUGAAUAAAUUUAUUGGGUUUAUAACUUCUGAAAA